AUGUCGCAAAGAUCUGCAAUAUUCGCAUCUCCCGCAAGAGUAAGUUUCGUUUUUUUUUCCAAGUAUAUGAAUGUGUAUUUUUCAGAAAACUUCGCGAAUUGCCGAAUUACAUCAUAACAUCGAAGUGCAGUCAGUUCAAGAAACUGUUGUUGUUGAGCGAGAAGAGGAAACUGCAGAAGAACGAGAAAAUGAAGACGUUGAGGAAAUGGAAGUUGAUGGAACUCUUCCUGGUAUUGAAACGCCAAAAAGAAAUUCGCUUUCAAGAGGAAGAAGAAGAUCUAUAAAUGUUCAAAAUCAAGCAGAUUCCACUGAACCUGUAAACGAAGAUUCGGUGUUUGAUCUUCUGAUGCCCGAAUCAAUACUUCAACAAUCUGAAAAGAAUCCAAUGCUUGAAUUAGCUAGAGGAAGACAACAAUUCUUGGAAUAUUAUGAAGAACUUGAAAAACAGUUGGAAAGAUUCGAUGUUGUACAACAAUCAUUUGAAAAGAAAGUCGAACUCGCAAAAAGAAAAACGGACGAACAGUAUUUGACACCUUUUAAUCAACAAACUAAAAAUUUGCUUUUCCAAAAGGAAUCAGUGUCUGAAUCACCAUCUAACAAUGUUUUGCGAUAUUUAUCUGAAUUCCGCAAGUUUUCGAAAGAUGCGAGGAGUGUGAUGAAUCUUGAACACCAGAGACAAAAAGUCGACGAGCUUACACAAGAAGCAGUUAGUUUUUUUAAACUUUUUAAGUUAAUAUUUUUCGAAUAUUUAAAAAUUUCGAUUUUUCAGACAAAUCGUUUGAUAGCAUUACAAAACUUGGUUGCAAACCAUACUCCAACCGCGGAACAAAUCGCUGCAAAAAAUGCAGAAAAGGAAGAACUUUUGAAGAAAAUCGAUGAGAUUAGACUAUUCGGACAAGACAUUUUAAUCAAUUUAAUUGAAGAAAAUUAA